CCUUCGCUUUCAAUUGCAUCGAGAGGGCCAAUGACCCAUCGGGUAGAUUCGACCCGUUACCUCCAAACUGCAAGGCUUCGUCUCUCUCUCUCUCUCUCUCUCUCUCUCUCUCUGCAAUUGCUUUUACUUCCGAAAGCUUUACCAGAUUCGUUUAAAUCGGAGAGGCUUCUGAACCAUGGAUGAUACACAGUCAGUUGCUACACUGAUUGAUUCUACCACCUCUAAGAUACAACAACUUCAACAAGCAUUUGCUGAGCUCGAAGGCCAUAGAGCCGUAUCUCUGAAUUUGAAAUGGAAAGAGCUUGAAGAACAUUUUCACGGGCUAGAGAGGUCCUUAAAGAAAAGAUUUGUUGAGUUGGAAGAUGAGGAAAAGGAGUAUGAAACGAAGGCAUCUGAGGCUCGGGAAAUGCUGGAGAAGCGGGAAGCAGUGGUUGUAGCCAAAGAACAAGCUUCAUUGGGACAACUACAAGAGAAAAGAGAUGCUGCUCUUUCUGCUAUUGGGGAUGCAUUUGAGAAGUACAAGAAGGCAUUAGCCGAGACUGUUGUCAAUGGUGUGAGCAAUGGCAAUACAGAUGUUACUGUAGAAGAGAAAUCGGACAUUACAACUGCUGAAGUCAACACAGCUGAUGCUCAGCCUGCCAAAAAUGGUGGCUUGGAUGUUAAACCUCGUCCUCAGCUGACAAAAUUAUGUGAAGAGAUGGAUGCAGCAGGUCUCCAUAAAUUCAUUUCGGACAACCGGAAAAACCUUGCUGCUAUACGGGAGGAGAUCCCAUUUGCAUUAAAGAGCGCACCAGAGCCUGCUCGCUUGGUUUUGGAUGGCUUGGAAGAUUUUUACCGUGUCGAACUGCCAUUGCCAGACGGGAAAAAGGAUUCAAGCCUUCUGGGCCUGCGUAGGACUUGUCUCAUGUUGAUGGAGUCACUGGGUGUGCUGUUGACAAGCUCUGAAUCAGAGUCCCCUGUUGAUAACCCACUAAUCUCAUUGGAUAUUAGAGAACAAGCGAAAACAAUUGCUAAUGGGUGGAAGCCGAAGUUGGAUAAUCUGGACAAUGAUGCUAGCACUGGGAACUCGUUGGAAGCACAUGCUUUUCUGCAGCUUCUAGCUACUUUUGGUAUUGCUUCUGAAUUUGAUCAAGAUGAGAUAUGCAAACUCAUCCCCACUGUUUCUCGUCGCCGCCAAACAGCUGAUCUUUGCCGCUCACUUGGGCUGUCGGAAAAGAUGCCUGGAGCGAUCGAAGUACUGGUGAACAAUGGAAGGCAGAUGGAGGCUGUUAACCUGGCAUAUGCAUUUGAACUCACUGAUCAAUUUGCUACUGUGCCAUUACUGAAGGCUUAUUUAAAGGAUGCAAGGAGAACUUCACAAGUACAACCUGGAAACACAUCUCCAGCUGCUCAGAAUGAAGCAAACGAGCGGGAGCUGUCCGCCCUCAAGGCUGUCAUCAAAUGCAUUGAAGAGCAUAAGCUUGAGGACCAAUACCCGGUCGACCCACUUCAAAAACGGGUUAUCCAGUUAGAGAAGGCUAAGGCCGACAAGAAAAGGGCAGCUGAGGCCGCUAAGCCUCAACCCAAGAGGCCCCGUGCCAAUGGCAACGGUUAUGGGCCCCGCAUUACCAAUCUCCCCGACAAGAGCUUCUACAGAGGCCCCCCCGAAAGAUAUCCAUAUAUGUAUGACAGGCCAUAUAUAUAUGCACCUGACAACCAUGGAUUGGCACCAGUUGGCCUGCCUCCCUACAACCUCUCUCCCAACCAUGCACCCUACUAUGGGAAUGGCUAUCAGUAUCCAACUCCAUAUCUACAGUAGUGGAGAUAAUGUUGAUUGUGAUCUUUUAGUUUUAACGAUUUUGGAUAUUUUUGGUUUAUCUAUGUAUGAGAAAAUUUGAGUAUUGCACAGGUUGUGAUAACUGUUGUCUUUUA